UCCAGUUGUCCUAACAGACUGCAGUCCUAACCAAAAUAAUUGCAUUUCAUGUACUCCAGAAAUCUGGGAUCAAAGCAUGAUGGAAAUACAAAAUCAAAGUGAAAGGGGCUAGGAAGUAGUCUAAAGUUUACCCACAUGACAGAAAAGAAGCUAGGUUACAGGUGUGGGGGUGAAGAAGCCAGGCAGCCACGGAACAUGUGGGUGAGAGAAGUGGGUGUGUCCACAGAAGGGAAACUAAGAUUUUCAGUAAGUGAUAACAUCGAUUCUACAUACCUAAUGUUGGCAUUGACAAGAGAUUUAACGAUAUGGCAGUUUCUAAGGUGCAGAUCGUCAGAAUUACUCUAGAUAACAAACAAGACAAGGAGACAAGCAAUGCUGACGUUCCAGUGGAAGUACUAUCAAGCAGACCAGAAAGCCUGGCCAAAGGGAAAGUACAUUUCUCACAUUCCAAGGAAAAAACUGCCGCAGAGGAGACGCAACACGAAACAAAGGAUCCAAGAACAGAAAGUCCAUUAAAGCCUCAGCUAAUUUCCCUGCCUGGAAGAAGUGUUCUGUCCGGAAUUAACAGCAGCGGAUCACAGACAUGUCAUCUCUCACCCAUGUCGGUUGUUCGUUUACAGAGGUCUGCCACAUGGAUAAGAGGAAGUCUCAAGAAUAUUUAUAAUGGUCCCUUGUACCCAAUGCUGAAACCACCCAAAAUGAUUAAAUGGAAUGAAGCAAUGGAAAGACGACCACCAAUACUUCAAGAUAUGGAAGGUCCAGGACCAACUACUUAUUUUCCAAAAGUAGUACCCCUUCAUGAGAUCAAAUCCCCUGCCUACUCUUUUGGAAGGCUGCUUCCUGUCAAAGAUGGUGGUGGUCGAACUUCCUGGCAGAAGCUAUGGUUUCAAAGUUUAGAUCCCUACACCAAGAAAACAACAUUUGAAAGUCAGUGGCCCUCUCCAUUUCAGUAUGAGCAGCAUUCUACCCUGGGUAGCCAUCAGCCGUAUCGAUUUAACGGUCCCAGCUACAGUAUUGGAAAGAGAAAAACACUCAUUCAUAAUACAGAGCCAAACCAGCUUAGUGUAGCCCCGAAUAAAUACAAUUCCUCUUCAGCUGAUCAACAGGUGAUGCUACGUCCUCCAGCUUUCUCCAUGAGAUCGCGACUGAAUGGAACCACGCUAUGGAAAAUAAGAGAACAAACUCCUGGGCCUGGAACUUACAAUGUGACAAGAGGGCUUGCAGCAACAAAGGAACGCUCCCCUCAGUUCACCAUCCAAGGUACAAGAGCAGCCAAUCUCUUUGAUAUUUCAUCAUCCAGAGUAUCAUAAAAAACAGAAUAGCUUGAAAUCCAUUGUCAGCGUCUUCAUAUAGUGUUACAGAGUUGGAGGACUAGCCAUAACAAGAAAAAAAGAAAAAAAUGCACACUGAUAUAUACCAAAAUAUUUCAGUACACAAUGAUGAUCCAAAAAAGGGGAAAUGAAAUAGCCCGGGAAUAUCAUGUGCACAAAUUUAAUUCUGUAGUUGCAUAUAAUUGCAUUACUAGAAAUUCUUGGACCUGGUGUCAUGACCCAUACAUGUGUCUUCUGGAGUAAAGUAUACAAAGUCACAAAAAAAAACAAUCCUGUAAAUAUUCUCCUAAGUAAGCAAUGUCUGGCUUUGGCUGCCCAAAAUUCCUGCAAGACAUGCAUUUAGCAGUAGGAGUGACUACAUUCUUCCCACAAAGUUGUGAUAAGCCACUGCAAAUGUUCCAGGAAAAAUGUAUCAGCUGGCUAAUCAGAUAUAAAUAUAUACGACAGAUGAACAGCAGCAAUGUUAAUGAUCAGGGUCUGAAACCACUGCAUUUGUUGAAAAUAACAGUCUGGUCUUUCAGUUUCCAAUGCUUGCACUAUAGAAUUGAUUUGUAAGAACAGCUGCUCCGUUUCAAGCAAUGCUUGAGCAUCUGCCAAGUUUCAGGAAUAUUGCAGCUCAAUGCACUGUCCAGAACUGUGAAUUAUAAAAACUGGGAGGCCAAGGAUACAAUGCCAAUGAACUGCUGCGCUGAUUUACUUAAUAUGUCAUUAGAGUUUCCCUGAUAUAUUAGUAGAUUUAAAUAUAUUUUAAAAGCAGACAACCAUAUAGAGAUAUGCAGCUACAGUUGUGGUUUUCCUGAGACAGCAAAGCAGCAUCUUUUGGAGCCCUUUUUACUAUUUGCAGCACCUUUUGUGAGGCCAAUUGAUUUCCUGAAUAGAAGCAGGGCAUGUGAUUGAAUCUUAUUCCCAGACAUUAUAAUAAAGGCAAACAAAAAUA